UCAGUCAGAGGAGCGGCGUCAGAUGGGGGGCAUAAUUUCAACAGCCGGUUAACCCUCCCACUAGCCCACCCCACAUAUCAUUUCGCAUAAGAGCUUUCGCGUCUUUAUACUGCAUUUCAGGUCGUGUUGCUUUAGACCAGCCUCAGAAGGGCCUGUUGUUACAGUUAUUCGCGACUCUCUUCCUCCCCCUCCCGCUGUUUUUUCCGUUACUUCGCUGGACAUACCACCGCGCGCCGUUGAAUGUGAUGAAACGGACCGUUGAGACCGCUGAAGUUCGUUGUUUUUCAAAAUUCUCUUUUCCCGCCUCCUGCUGUUGUUUAUAUUUGCGGGGAAACACAGGCACAGAAACACAGUUGCUGGUGAGGUAGUGAAAGUAGGGGACCGAGUGACAGUACCACAGACAUUUAACGCACCGGUUCAGACAAGGAAAACGGGUUAUGUUCAGAGUGUCAGACUACAGUAGCUCCUGACAGAAGGAAGGAGGGGGUUUGCCCAAGGAAUUCAAAAUGGAAAAAGAAGAAACGGGCUUAAGUUCUCGUGAGUAACACGGAGGUGAAGUGAAGAAGUGGUUUGUGGUUGUUGUUUUCUUGGUAGUGCUGGAGGAAAUGAUGGCGCGCGGUGCGGGUCGACGGAAGGAGCGCGCCUCUAUCCACUCUGCCAUAGAGUGAGAUCACAGAGGCAUCGGUUUGAGGAAGCAGGAACUGCCCCAAAGCAUGACCGUCUGUCACUGGGGACGGUCAGAGAAACGCAUUCCUGCAACUCUCAUGAACGGUGUAUCAUCCCCCUCGUAGGUACACCUGGGGCCCGGAACACACCCAUCUGCCAACUCGGAUAACCCUCAGGCUGUUUGCAACACAUGUUUGAUGUGAUUGGUUGUGAUCGCCGUGCUUUGCUAAGCAGCCCCACUCUACAUCAUGCAGUGGCGUCGGCGACACUGCUGUCCCAUCAAGAUGACCUGGAAUGUCAAGCGGACACUCUUCCGCACACAUGUAGCAGGCCUUCUCUCGCUGGCCUCACUCUUCGCCCUUUUCCUCAUCUACUGCCACCAGGAUUUGCUGCAGGGCCGGAGUUGGCUGCGAGACAACCCCCUGGUUUACACUAUGCGGGGUUUGCGCCCCCACAAGGAGCGUGCAAAGGGAAACCAAAGCUCAUUACGAAGCCUCUGGAAAGACACUGCUUAUGUGCUCCCCAAACCAUCUGUUAACUUCAAUUUUAGUUCUCACCAGGCUGAGAUCACUGCCCGGGAGAUUGUAGGAUUGGAGAUCUCUGUGAGCUACAACAACACAAGCAGUAACGCCAAGAGCUUGCAUAGGGAAAUGGGAGUGGGAGGGCGUCUGGCAGCCCAGCCUUAUCAGUGGCUGCUCAAUGAGCCCUAUAAGUGUAACAAUAGCAAUCCCUUCCUGGUUUUGCUAAUAGUCGCAGAGCCAAGUCAGGUGGAGGCCAGGAAUGCCAUCAGGCAGACCUGGGGGAAUGAGAGCGUGGCCAUGGGUUACGGGUUUGUGCGCCUCUUCCUGCUGGGCUUGAGACCUGAUGUGUAUCUGCAGAGGACCAUUGAGGAGGAGAGCUUGCAGUACCAUGACAUCAUCCAGCAGGACUUUAUGGACACUUAUUACAACCUUACCAUCAAGACACUAAUGGGCAUGAGCUGGGUUGCACAGUAUUGCUCUAACGCCUGUUAUGUCAUGAAGACAGACAGUGACAUGUUUGUCAACACAGAAUAUCUCAUCCAAAAGCUGCUAAAGCCAAACACAGCACCUCGACAAAAUUACUUUACAGGCUACCUAAUGAGAGGCUAUGCUCCCAACCGCAACAAGGAUAGUAAAUGGUACAUGCCGCCAGAGUUGUAUUCCAGCGAGAGGUACCCUAUCUUUUGCUCUGGGACAGGCUAUGUGUUCUCGGGAGAUAUGGCAGAGAAAAUAUACAAUGCCUCAUUGAGUAUCCGUCGCCUUCACCUCGAGGAUGUAUAUGUGGGUAUUUGCCUGGCAAAACUGCGGAUCGACCCAGUGCCACCACCAAAUGAGUUUCUCUUUAACCACUGGAGAGUGUCCUACUCCAGCUGUAAAUACAGUCACCUGAUCACAUCUCACCAGUUCCAGCCCAAUGAACUCAUGAAAUUUUGGCAUCACUUGCAAAGUAACAAGCACAGUCCCUGCCUUAAUAUGGCAAAGGAUAAGAGCAGCCAACGUCGGCAUAGGAAAUUGCAGUGGGAAGGGUUUCAGUGAUUAGCCAAGGCUCAGGGGUGCAGUAGUGUUAUCACAGCAUGUGCACAAUUCAGAAGUCUAUGAGACAGAGAACAGCACAGAGUUUUGUUUUUUUGUAUUGUCAAUUAAAACUAUUUUUUCAAUUUGAGAGAGAUGUUAUGUAUUGUAAACAUGUAAAUCUUUUGAAGGGAAGUGAAAGACAUCAGUUUUGUGCAAUAUCUAGCAUGCACAACUUAAAACAUUGGUGAUAACACCGUUUUCAGGUGCCAAUUAAAUUAAAUAUACACUGCAAAAAGUGAUUUUGAAGACAAGCAUUUUUGUCUUGUUUUCCAGUAAAAUUAUCGAAACAUUCUUAAAAUGGGAUUUAUUUACUUGACCAACUUCCUUAAGAUUUGAAGUCUUGUUUUGAGAGAAAUCUAACCGAAUCUAGUAAGAUAAAUGCUUAAAACAAGAAAAAAAAAAAAAAAAAACUCUUUUGCCAGUGGGGUAAGAAAAAUAAACUUAAUUCAAAGGAAAAACAAGUUUAUUUUUCUUACCCCACUGGCAGAUAAUUUUUUCUUGUUUAAGUCUAAAGUUCACUUAAUUUUGUCAGAUUUCUCUUAAAACAAGACAUAACUUAUGCCAUUUUGCUUAACAAGUUUAUAAAUCACAAUUUAGGAAUGUUUUGAUAAUUUUACAAGAAAACUACAAAAAUACUUGUCUUGAAAAUCAUUUUUUGCAGUUUAUUAAGAGGUUGUUGAACUUCUUUUCAAGCUAAAGCUUGAUUGGUAAUACACUAUAUGGCCAAAAGUUUGUGGACACCAUAUGUGCUUGAUGAACAUUUGAUUUCAAAACCUUAGGCAUCAGUUUCCCCUUUGCUGUAAUAACAGCUUCCACUCUUUUGGGAAGGCUUUCCACUAUACUGUAUGUAGUAACAUGGCUGCAGGGAUUUGCUAUCAGUGAGGUCAGGAACUGAUGUUGGUCGAUGGGGCCUGACUUACAUUUGCUGUUCCAGUUCACCCCAAAAGUGAUCAGUGGGGUUCAGGUCUGGGCUUUGUGCAGGUCAGUCAAUUUCUUCCAUGCCAGACACUGUAAACCAUUUCUUUAUGGACCUCACUUUGUUCAAGGGGCAUUGUCAUGCUGGAACAGAAAAUGGCUAUCCCCAAACAGUUGCCACAAAUGUGGAAGCACACAAAGCCCAAGCCAUUACAUAAAGAAACAUUAAGAUUUUUCUUUACUGGAUUUAAUGGAGUAACCAAAUUCGUUAAUUAGAAGGGGGUGUCCACAAACUUUUGGCCAUAUAGUGUAUUAAAGGGCCAGUUAUAAUGAGAUCCUCACUUUCUGUAUGAAAAUUGGGAAUAUAAUUUGGUAGUGUAUCUGUACUGUGACAAAAAAAAAUUUUUUUCCAUGUUUUUUUUUUUUUUUUUUUCUCAAAGGUGUCCACCUCUGGCAUUGAGAUAAUGUUCAUUUUUCUAUCUACCUAAAACCUGCAAAUGGUUUACAGUAACCAAGCCAAAUUAAAAACAGUAUGUAUAAUUAAACAAUAAUAUAUGACAUUUUAUUGCCUCAUAGAUGUCAGAUAUAAUUAAAAUAUUUUACAUUGACUAAAUAUACAGGUCUACCCUUCAUGAGGGUGAAGGUAAAACUGUUUAUUAAAUGUAUUUCAUAUGCA